UCGUUCCGAGUCCAGUCAUCCACAACACUGACGUUCCUGAGUACACAAAUGACUUCCCUCGCAUUUUAUUGGCUGAAUUCUAGAACAGCUCCAUGAAUUCAUUACCGGAUUCUUCCAAGUGGACACCAACCACUCCGGUCAAUUCUCAGCGGCAUCCUGCGGGAGAAACUCAGUGUAACUCCGCUCCUGAUCUCACCAGCCAAAUCGUUCGUCGGAAAAUAUACCCUACGUUGUCGGGUACGUACAGUGAUGUUUGGCUAUCAACGUGGUCCCAUGACAAUGAAAAGCGUGAUGUUGCGGUCAAAUCAUUGAAAAUUCCAUUUGCGAAUGAGAAUGAAAAAAGCAAUAAUUGUCAAAAACUGAUGGGGAAAAUAUCAUCUUGGGCGCAAUUACUCCACAGAAACGUUCUGCCACUAUAUGGAAUUGCAUAUGAAUUCGGGCACUUUCCGUCACUGGUGACGCCCUGGGUAAACAACGGGUCGUUGAAUGAAUACAUCGCUAAUCAUCGUUUGUCACUGGGAAGCAAGUUGGAUCUCGCCAAACAGGUAGUAGCUGGCCUUGGCUAUCUACACGCCCAUUCUAUUGUGCAUGGAGACAUAUCUGGACUCAAUAUCCUGGUGGACCAUGAGGGCAGAGCGCAAUUAUGCGACUUCGGAUUCAUGUCGUUGCUCGCAGAAAUCCCAUCUUUGCCACAGCCAUCUGGGGGUAUCCGCUCUGCGGUGCGAUGGACCGAUCCUCAGUUAUUCGACGUCCAAAAAGGCGAAAUAAAUACAUGCAUCCCAACGGAGCAGACUGAUAUCUAUUCAAUAGGCAGUGUUCUCCUGCAGUUGCUCACGGGAUCAAUACCUUACUACGAUGUCAAGGAUAACAUCCGCGUCCUUGUAUUAUCUUCGAGAGGCGUAAAACCCAAAUGUCCUCCAGAAACGAACGUCACUGGUGCACAGUGGAGUUUUAUUCAAAGAUGCUGGUCUCCUCACGGACUUGCCAAUCGUCCAACUAUCGAGGAGAUGGAAGAAUUUCUCGAGUCUGAGCUACGGAUGGCAGGUAUGCCUUAGCGCCCCUGAAUUCCAACUGUAUUUUGCUGUAUUGCUAGCUUUUUUCGGUGUUUUAUGUUGCUCCAUGUCCAUGUUUGUCUUACUAGUGG